CCAGAUGACUGUAGGGCUUAGCUCCGCCCACUCCUCUUUGGGCCUGGUUCCCCUCCCUCUCGCUCAUCUUCUCCCCGCCCGCCAUCUCUCUGUUCCUUUCCUAGUCACUAAGAGUGACUGCGUGGCAGGCGGGAACCCGGAAACGCUUUCUCUUCCUGGUGACGCUUCAGUCGCUACCUCAGCCGGAGAAGUGAAGUGGCGGCGGACUGUGGUUGAGCUCUGUUCUUUCGUCUCGGCGCAUGUUCUGUCGCUGUUUCUCCUUGGCUACCGCGAUUCGGCUUCAACCACCGUUUGUUCGUCUUGGACCUCUUAUCAGCGCUUCUCUCCCUUCUCUUCGCUACCAGCUGUUCCUCAUGAAGCCGGUGGUUGUGUUCGUUCUUGGCGGGCCCGGUGCCGGCAAGGGGACCCAGUGUGCUCGCAUUGUGGCGAAAUAUGGUUACACCCACCUUUCUGCAGGUGACCUCCUUCGGGAUGAGAGGAAGAGGCCAGGCUCUCAGUAUGGAGAACUCAUUGAAAGUUAUAUUAAAGAGGGGAAAAUUGUUCCUGUUGAAAUAACUAUCAGUUUGCUAAAAAGGGCUAUGGAAGAAACCAUGGCAGGAAAUGUACAUAAGAAUAAAUUUUUAAUUGACGGAUUUCCCAGGAAUGAAGAUAACCUUCAGGGCUGGAACAAAACAAUGGAUGGAAAAGCAGAUGUAUCUUUUGUUCUUUUUUUUGACUGCAAUAAUGAGAUCUGUAUUAAUCGCUGCCUUGAAAGAGGGAAGAGUAGUGGCAGAAGUGAUGACAACAGAGAGAGUUUGGAAAAGAGAAUUCAUACAUAUCUAGAGUCUACAAAACCCAUAAUAGACUUAUACGAAAAAAUGGGCAAAGUCAGGAAAGUGGAUGCCUCCAAAUCUGUUGAUCAAGUUUUUGAUAAAGUUGUGAAUAUCUUUGAUAAAGAAGGCUAGUUCUCUACUUGAAUCUUUUUCAACAUGCUUGAAUCUUGCUUUAAGAGCUGCUACUAUGUUAAUUUUGUAAUGACUGUAAAAUAUUCCUUUUAAAAUCAUUUCUGUUAAUGUUAAUUAUUCAGAAACAUGGUUUAAACUUUAUUUUGCAAGUGGCCUGUUAUUAAAGAUAUGUAGAUUCAAACUGAACUGAGCAAAAGAACCCAUAUUCCAAGACAAGGCUAAUAUUUUCAAAAAGCAACUGGUUAUCUUUUCAUAAGCAACAGUACACUAGUUUUUUUCUUAUUAUUAUUAUUGCUAAAAGCCAUGUUGUUUUUAGAAUCCCAAAAACACAGAUAUUGUAAAUAUAAGGGAAAGGGCCCAUUAAUUUGUUUUGUUUUUUAAUUUUGGACCAAAUGUAGAAAAAUUGUUUUUGUGGGUUUUUUUACUUAUUAAGAUUCUUUUGAAUGACUAGCAGUUUUUUGUAAGCAAAGCUUUAAGCAUGCCAUUUUAUUGAGUAUGUUUUGCAUCUCUGGUUACUAGAAUUUAAAUUGGAAACAAGAGACAUACAAAGUUACUUAAAUUAAGCAACAAAUCUUAUGAUAUACUCCAACAUUAAGCACUGUAGUUGUCCAACUGGUUUCUCAUGUUGCCUUCUUCCCUCAUACACAUGAGGUCUCUGAAAAUGGAGCCAUUCACAUGUUUGGUUUCCAUGUAAAUGUAGUAUGACUCCUUUCCCAAAAAGGAUGGGAAGCCUUUGGACAUGAGGAUUGUGGGCUGUGACCAUUUUGUUCAGGACUGAGAUUACAUAGGCACCAUAUUUGCUAGAAAUAUAAACCUUUGUAAUAUUUGCAGUACCCAAAUGGCUAUCAGAUUUCAAAAUAUUGCUAUGCUUUUCUGAGAGCAACUAAUACAUCCCUUUUAGCUGCCAUGGUUCUCUAGUAAUGGUUUUUAAGUGAAUUGUUUAUUUAUUUAGUGAUUUAAUGUGUUGAGGCAGGAAGGAGGGGAAUAUUUUCAUGAUUAAAUCCCCCCUGAAUUGUGUAACUUGAAUUACAGUGAUUUAAUUAUACUUCUGAGAUGGUUUGACCAGUGUAAAAAUGCUUCUUUUGUUAAAAUGAAUUAACCAUAUUAGAUCUAUAUUGUGAUGGUUUAAAUAUAUUGUGGUGCUUGUGCAAGCAAUAAAUUCUAAAUAAAUGAUGAUUAGAUGGAAAAUGUGCUAACAUGUGUUUGCACAGCCAUCCUGAUUGCACUUUUGAAGCAGAAAAACAGAGAAAAAAAUCCGUGCAGAGAAAGGGGUUGAUACACAGAUGCAUUUGAAGAUUAUUAUUGCUUGUGCUUAUAAAUCCAUUGGACAGGACCUGGAAAGUUGAUGUAUAUUAUCCAUUAAUGUUUUCAGUAGUGGCAUUGUGUCAUCUUCUGUUUGAACUGACGAUGUUUACAAAUAUGAGUGGUUCUUAUUUAUGUCUACAUUACAUAAGAUAGUAGCAUCCUUGGCAAGUUAUUUUAUCUUUAAAAUUAAUCAAGAGUCUGCAGUUGUCUUUGCAUGGGUGAAUAAUUGGCUUUAGUGAUGCUUGCAAGCUCGCAAAUGUAUACAUGAAAAUGUAAUUCCAUAAAUAAAAUCUUUGUGCAUAAAA